AUGAGCCGAGAGCACCGCGACAAGGAGCGCAAGCACUCGAGGAAGUCCUCGAGCCGCCGGUCCAGUAGCCGCAAGGAGGAGGACGACCGCUCGUCCCGCCACAAAAGUCACAAAAGCAGCCACCACGGGAAAGAGCACACAAAAUUGCCGAAAGGCGCAAAAAAGGUCACCGAUGAGGACUAUUUUGUGCGUCAGACGGAAUUUCGCGUUUGGCUGGCCCAAUCAAAGGGCAAAUAUGUGGACGAUCUGUCCACCGACGAAGCGAUGGAGCUGUUCACCGACGAGUUCGCCAAGAAGUGGAACCGCGGCAAGCUGGCCAAAAUGUUCUACGAGGGGCUGCCCGAGUCUGUUGUGGAGCAGACCAAGCGGACUCGUCACCGCUGGGGAUUCGUGGCUAAGCUGGGGGAGAAGGAGAAGUUUGAGCUCGCUACGGCCAAGGACUCGGUCGGCGUGGCGACGAGAAAGGAGAAUUUACUGAGCUCUGGCAAAACGAGGGAGAGUAAGGGGCCGUCGAGCUACGAGGAGGGCAGGAGCAAGCGUGAUAAACGCAGGGAGAAGGACGAAGAUAGAGAGGAUGAGAGGGAGGGAGACAGGAAGCGGCGGAAACUCGAGCGGAGAAGAGAACGCGAGUACCGUGACACGGUCAUGGAGGAGCUGGCGCCGAAGGCCACAGGAAGAGAGGCGCAGAUUGAGAAGAGGCGCCAGUUGGGGCAGAAGCUGCACGGUGCCGCGCGAGACCGAGAGGAUGCACGUGACGGACUGGACCUCAGUGAAGAUUUUCUCAUGGGUGGAGGCCGUGGAGCGGGUGAUGAUGACUUGAAGCGUCGGAUGGCUCAACGCGAUUCGGCGCGGCGUCGCAAGCAGGACGAGCAGCAGGAAAAGCUCGCGGAGCUGAAGGCCAAGGAGUCCGCGCGCAUGGAUAAGUUUCUGGAAGAUAUGGGACUCGCUGGGGCUAAUGCGAACGGAGGCAAGCCCAUGAUAAUCCCUCCACGUCGCUAG